CCUUUAUACAACAUUAACAUUGAUGACACAGCAAACUUAAAACCGAUUCAAGACAUUAACAUAAGAGUAGGUGCCAAAAGGACUGUUUUAAAGCUUAAGAAACCAGACCGUAAGCAUCUCAGAUGUGAAUUUAAAAAAUUCCUUGUAAUAUUGACAAAUUCUAUACAAGAAAAUCUCCCCAUUUGUAAUAAUUUUUUUAAGGAUAUGGAAGUGUUACACCCUAUCAUGAGGAAAGACUCCUCUGACAAUGCUGUAACAGACAGUGCAAGAAAAUGAAAUCUCUUCAUCUUAUAGAUAAGGAAGUUGACACAAUUGUCAGAGACUGGCAAACUUAUCGUUUGGAUGGAGAUAUCGACAAACUCUGUGAUUAGUUCACUUCUCUCAUUCAUUCUGAAAAUUCUGUCAAGUAUAAAAGAGUGGUCAGUUAUUGGGCUAAAGUGCUCAAUACUAAAUACACUGGUGUACUAAAGUACAAAAACUAAUAUUUGUUGGUAAAAUCCUGCCUCUCUCUCUUUCACAUGGCAAUGCAGAUGUUGAGAGAGGAUUCUCAGUCAACAAUGCAAUUUUAUCACCAGAAAGAUCUUGUUUGUCUGAAAAAGCAAUUAUUGGCCUAAGAUUACAUAAAGAUGCUGUUCGGAGGCAUGAUAAUAGCAUUUUAAAUAUUCCUAUGACUUUCUCAUUAUUAAACUAUGUAACUAAAGCACGUUCAGUAUAUAAAGAAGAAAAAGAAGCUGCCUAAGCUAAGAUAGACGCAGAAAAACGAUCUCUGUCUGAAUCGGAACAAUUGCGAAAAAAACAAAGAAAAAUUGCAUGAUUUAGAAAAUCAUGUGAAAUCCUUAUAAGAUUAAUUGAGUCUUUCCCAGAAUUUACUACAGGAGACUUGCAAAGAUGAGGAAUAAGAAGACAAUGGCUACUUCUAGCUUCGCAAUCAGAUGUAUAUCUGCUAGCGGACGAUUUACUAUAUCCGAGUUGGAAAGCAGUAGUACUGUAAAGGCAUUGAAGGAGUCAAUUAUGAAAGUAACCGAAAUUCAACCCGAAAAAAUGAAAAUUCUUAGUGGAUAUCCCCCAAAGCCAAUAAAAUUGGAACAUGAUAAUUCAAAAUUAGAUGAAGUGGGUAUUGAAUCUGGGGAGACUUUAAUCAUUCAAGUUGAUGAAACUUUGAAUGCCCAAGCUGUACCUGAUGUCAAUAAACCAACUUCAAGUGAGAGCCCUAAGAAAAGGAAACAAGAACUACCUCCAGUGAUGAAACAAAUGAAGGAAUUUAGCAAUGGCGCGCCAGAUAUUAUGCCCGGAAUAAUGAUGAGAUAUGAUGUUCCUUCGAACAACUCGUGCUUAUUUUCCAGUGUUUAUUUUCUUGUGCACAAUGGACUUUUAGAAUUAGCAAAAAGUGAUAAACUGAGACGAAUUAUUGCUGAUGCAGUGUCAAAAGAUCCUGUGAAAUAUAAUGAUGCCUUUUUAGGUCGUGAAAACUCCGAGUAUUGCCGAUGGAUUCUCAAUCAAGCCAACUGGGGUGGAGCUAUUGAACUUGCCAUUUUAAGUGAAUUUUUCAAGUUAGAGAUUUGUGCCAUUGACAUCAUGAGCUGUCAAAUGUUAAGAUUUGGAGAAAGUAAUAAUUACCAAAGAAGAGGUAUUGUUGUAUAUGAUGGUAUUCAUUAUGAUCCAUUGUACAUGCAGCGUGAGGAAAAGCUUCAAACGAUAUUUCAUGUAUCUGAUACUCAAAUUUUGGAACUUGCUUUAGAAGUAGCUAGGGAAGCUCGAUCAAGUAAGCAGUUUACUGAUAUAGUCAACUUUAAAUUGAAGUGCAAUGAUUGCGGUCAAAAUUUGAUUGGUGAAAAAGAUGCUUCAGCUCAUGCUGCUGCCACUGGUCAUGUCAGCUUUGGUGAACUUCUAUAACUUUAACCUCUUCCUUACAUCCUCUCGUCUUUCAUUACUCACAUGUCAAUUUUUUUUUUCAUUAUUUAAGUGUCAUAAUUACAUAUUCAUAGUGACUUUAAUGAUUGAUUCAUAUUACAUUUAGUUCAUGUUUAAUCUCAGAACAAACAUGCUUUUUUCCAUGCAUGAAACUUAUGUGUUUACUUGUGUUUUGAUUUCUGUUUCAUUCUUAUAAACAUUUUAAAUUUUUUUUUUUUUUUUUUCAGUUUGAUUAAUAUAAUUUUAAGACUUCUGGCUCAGAAAUGUUUUCCAUAUUUCUGUAAGCAAAAUUAAAAUAACUUUCAAUUUUACUUAAUGAUCAACAAAUAAUUCUUUUUAUACCUUAAUUGAAGUAGAAGUUUUAUCUAAACAUACAAGUGUAGAAUUUAAAAAAAAAAAAAGAGCAGCAGAGAGUCAAAAUUAGUUAUGUAGAACUCUACUGAUUUAUUCUGCUUUGAAAUACUAUAAACAAACUUUGAAUUUCUAUUUUUGAUUUUACGGAAAAGCAGUAACUCUAUAGCAAGUGUUGAAAUCUUUAUGUAAUUAAGAUUUAUAUUUUCUUACCAAAAAAUGCUGGGAUAUUUUUUGUGCAAUCUUGCGAUGAAUAUUUCUCUUUAUAACUACUGUAAAUUUUUUUCUAUGAAAAUAAAGAAUUUUUUACAACAUAAA